UAGAGAAGAUGAAGGAGGGAGAGGAGAGUUAAAGGCAGGAGAGAUUCCCCCUGGCAGGGGAGAGGGGAGCGCCGGGCUUUGUGCUGGGGGGCCCGGCGGCGGCUGCGCCCCCAGAGAUUCUCCCGUGACACUUCCACGAGGCAGAGGGGGAGGAGGAGGAGGAGGUGGAGGUGGAGGAGACGAGCCGGGGGUGUGGAGCAGGGGGGGGCUAGCAGAAACAAAAGGAAACCAGCUGCAGAACUUCCUGAAGGCGGAGAGGGGGCCGCGGGAGCGCGCAGUGCCGGGCGGCUGCCUGCGGCGCUGGGGAGGGGGCGGCAGCGGGACCCUGCCCGCCGCGGCUCGGCCACCAUGACCAGCGCGAUCCUGAGGAGGAACUCCAGCAAGCAGGGCCUGCAGAACCUCAUCAGGCUGACAGCACAGUGGAGCGUGGAGGAUGAGGAGGAGGCGGCGAGAGAGCGGCGGCGGCGGGAGCGCGAGAAGCAGCUGCGCUCGCAGGCGGAAGAGAGCCUGAAUGGCACCGGCCCCUGCUCGGAGAGCGCGGCCCUGGCACAGGAAAACCACUAUGACUUCAAGCCAUCUGGGACUUCGGAGCUGGAGGAAGAUGAGGGGUUCAGUGACUGGUCCCAGAAGCUCGAGCAGCGCAAGCAGAGGUCUCCAAGGCAGUCCUAUGAAGAAGAGGACAGUGGUGUGAGAGAAGCUGAAGUCAAACUGGAGCAGAUCCAGCUGGAUCAGGAAAGCCCGGAGGAGAAUAUGGUUAUCAGAGAGGAAGAGAGGCUGUACCAGGAGGAACAAGAGGCUCAAGAACGUGAGGAAGAGGAACAAGCUGAGCAAGAGGAAAAGAAGAGAAGACGAAAUGAUGGAGAGAAGGAAGGAGAAACACCAGAGAAACGCCAGAAGGCCCCAAGCCUUGGCAGCCUGGAAGAGGAGGAGCUGUGCUCUGACCACACUGCAGUGUGCUCCACAAAGAUCACGGACAGAACUGAGUCGCUGAACCGCUCAAUACAGAAAAGCAACAGCAUAAAGAAGAGUCAGCCUCCUCUCCCUGUGUCGAAGAUUGAUGACAGGCUGGAGCAGUACACACAGGCUAUUGAGACCUCUACAAAGGCUUCAAAAUCUGUCCGGCAGCCCUCUCUUGACCUUCCCACCACGAGCAUGAUGGUAGCCAGCACAAAAAGCCUCUGGGAGACUGGGGAAGUCACAGCUCAAUCUGCAGUGAAGCCCUCAGCCUGUAAGGAUAUCGUGGCUGGAGACAUCGUCAGUAAAAGAAGCCUUUGGGAACAGAAGGGGAAUCCCAAACCUGAGAGCAGUAUCAAGUCCACUCCUUCUGGCAAAAAGUAUAAAUUUGUUGCAACAGGCCACGGCCAGUACAAGAAGGUGUUGAUAGACGAUGCUGCAGAGCAAUAGUGUGUCUGGAGGACUCAUUAACCAGCUGAGCUUGAUCCUGAUUCAACACGACCCUCCAUGCCACUAUUUCCUCUGCUCCAGAGAAGAUAAUUGAAGGAUGUUUCUCUUCUAACUGCUUUGGGUACAGCCUGACUCCUCUUGGGGUUUGAGCAAUACCCCACACUGCCUCCAGAUGGAUAAAAGGAACUAGAUCAGC